AUGGAGAUUUUGGAAAAGCACGGCCAGGCUGAUGUUUUUGCGUAUGAAGCACUUUUAAAUGGGUACUGUAAAGCUGAUAUAGUUGAUGCUGCCAAUAAGGAAUGCCUCUGCACUAUGGGAGUUCUAUUUAACUACUACUGCACUUUACUUUGUAACUUCCAUUUUAUAAGAUUUGUGAAUCAUCCCAAUUUCGUUCAAGUAACUGCUACUGAUGUUGUUAUUGGUGAAGCAACUGUGAUUGUGAUUGGAAACAAUGUUACAAUUUUGUAUGAUGCAUCUAAGGUGUUUGAUGAAAUUUCCGAUAGAACUUUGAUCUUAAAAGUUUCUGGUUUGUUAAGAGGGGGUUUAAAUAUUGGUGAAGUGGGCUGUCCUCCAGAUGCAAUUUCUUAUAAUAAUAACUACGCCAAUGUGCAGCUUAUUCUAGAGAUUGCCGAGAUAACUCAUGUUGAUGCGGUAUGGCCUGGUUGGGGUCAUGCAUCAGAGAAUCCUGAGCUACCAGAUGCAUUAAAAGCAAAAGGAAUUGUAUUUCUUGGGCCUCCUGCAGUAUCUAUGGGGGCAUUGGGAGAUAAAAUUGGUUCAUCGUUGAUCGCUCAAGCAGCCAAUGUGCCAACCCUUCCAUGGAGUGUAAAUUGUCAAGUUGUUGGAUACCCUGCAAUGAUCAAGGCGUCUUGGGGUGGUGGUGGUAAAGGCAUAAGAAAGGUUCAUAAUGAUGAUGAGGUAAGGGCAUUGUUCAAGCAAGUUCAAGGUGAAGUUCCGGGAUCACCUAUAUUUAUAAUGAAAGUUGCUUCCCAGAGCCGGCAUCUUGAAGUCCAACUGAUUUGUGAUCAGUACAGAAAUGUUGCAGCUUUACACAGCCGUGAUUGCAGUGUUCAACGAAGGCAUCAAAAGAUUAUUGAGGAGGGUCCGAUUACUGUAGCACCCCCAGACUCCAAGAUCUCAUCAAUUAGCCUAUUGGAGAUAAUGUGA